AUGCAGUAUAUUAAAUCACCAGUAUCCACUCUUUGUAAUGGUCAAGCAUGUUCAAUGGGAUCAUUACUUCUAGCAGCAGGCGAGCCGGGUAAACGAUACUCAUUGCCAAAUUCAUCUAUAAUGAUGCAUCAACCCAUUGGUGGCACAUCUGGUCAAGCAACUGAUAUUGCUAUUCAUGCAAAAGAAAUCUUAAGAGUACGUGAAAAAUUAAAUAAUAUUUAUAAAAAACAUACAAAAAAACAUUCAUUGGAAGAAAUUGAAAAGGCAGUUGAAAGAGACUAUUUUAUGACUGCAGAAGAAGCAUUGGGAUUUGGUUUGAUUGAUAAAAUUUUAGAGAAAAGAGAAGUCAAAGACGAUAAAAAAAUUAAAGAUUGA